AUGGGUAGCGAUAGCAGCGAUAGCGAUUCAUCAAACCAUGGAAAAUCACAUAAAAAAAAUAAAUCAAAAGAUAAAUCAUCCACAUCUGCAUCACCAGCGCCACCACCGGUGGCCGCACCCCACAUGAUGUAUUAUCAAUCGAGCCCUGGUUACCCGGGCCAACCACCCUAUCAAGGUUACCCACCACCACCACAUGGAUACCCCCCAUACCCGCCACAAGGAUACAAUAAUUACCCCGGUCAAAUACAUGCGCCAUACUAUAACGCCACACCCUAUCAUGACGGCGGUGCAGCCUUCAUUCGUGGUUUCAUAAUGUGUUCAUGUUUUAUAUUCACCGGCUUCUUUGUCUCGACUCUUAUCAUUGCAUUAAUGUUACAUCCUCAAUUACCCGAAUACAGGGUUAAUUCUUUAUCCGUAACAAAUUUCAACACAAAUCCAACCUUAACCGGUGAUUGGAACAUUAGCAUCACGGUUCAAAAUCCAAACGACAGAUUAAAAGGUUAUUUUCGUGAGUUUAAGGUCGAUAUUGUGCAUGAUACAAAUGAGAUAGCAAUGAGUGUUGUGCCUAAUUUUGAAUUGGAAAAACAAGAACAAAAACAAAUGGAAAUUAGAACCUCAUCUACCAAUGGUGCAAUAGCUGUAUCAUUUCAAAAAUGGGAUUUGGAUGAAAUAAGUAAAGAAAGAUCAAGUGGUUCUGUUAUGGUUGGUGUGAGAAUUGCUUCUAUGACUGAAUUUAGGUCUCCAUCAUUGACUACAAGAAGUACAGGUAUGUUGGCUAGUUGUUUAGGGUUAAAGGUUGUGUUUCAAGGUUCUACUGGUAAUGGUAUGUUGGAUAAUAAGGGUAUCCCUGUCAAUUGCACAAUUUACGUGUGA